UGAGAAAGCAGAGAAACAGCAAGAAUAUUCUACGAAAUCAUGGCAAUAGUGUCUACAAGACCAUCAACGAACUUAGGUAACCUAAUUAAGUAACCUAUUAGAAACAAUGACUUGAGAGAUCUUGGAAUUUACGAUCCAACUACAAUGAAAGUCGAGCCAAAUCCAAAAUCUUACUCUAACAACACAGAUCUAAUUGAGAUCUGCAACGGAAGACGAAUAGGGCAUCCACAUAAAAGGAUGUUAAAAGAAUAUGAAGAAAAAUUUAGAACACGAUAUCAGGAUUUCUUCGAGAAAUACAAACAAAACUGGGUGCAGUAUACCAUCAAUAAAAUAAUGGGGAAAGAUCUCGGGGAUAAGUACCCGAAACUUCUUGACCAAGAGCUGCACAAAAAGCGUACUAUUCUUCUACCCAAAAACUCCCGAAAGCCUUGAACUAAGCUCCGGUCUAAAGCUCUCAGAAAGUCAGCCACUGUGGAUGGAAUAAAGCAUCAGAAGACAGGGGAAUCCUUGAUGUCUAAGGCAAGCAAGAAUAAAAGAAGGAGUUCAUUAGAUAUUUCGAAGUUGAAAUAGAAAGAUCAGUUCCCAACUAAAGUCACGGAACCGGAUAAGACUCCCAAUUUCAGGGACUUAUUUUCCAUGAAUUUCAACACAUUUCUCUAAGUUUCACAACAAAGAAAGCGCAAAUUGGAAAACUAACUCGAAACUGUUCAAGAUGGACAUUAUGGGUGAGCCCUAAACAAGUUUGUAAAGACUUUAAGGUGUGUAAAAUACAUUGUGAUGGCCAAGGAAAGAUGAGUGAGAUCAGUUAAGGCCCAAUCAGCCUUCUUAGAAUUAUCUCUAGAGGGUAAACAAGUUCCAGCAACCCUGUUACAUUAAUAUAACAUUU